UCGGGCUGGUGACGACACCGCGCGCGUCUUCCCUGCUCGAAGUCGAAGCCAACAUGGCGGCGCCCAUGGAGGUCGUGGUUUGUGCCGAUUCUGCCGGCCAGCUGUGGAACUGUGCGGUGUUUGAGUUGCACUCUGGCACCAACCUUUUGUCUUAUAGGGGUGGUAACUCCUCGCCCCGGUCCUUGACCCUCCUCAACGGUGAAUUUAUUCUGGGAUCCCAGCUUGGCAAGAAUAUUAUUAACGUGUGGGAGAUACAAAGAAAGGACCAACUACAGCAAAAAAUUGUGUGUCCUGGCAUUGUGACCUGCCUGACUGCUUCACCCAAUGGCCUGUACCUGUUGGCGGGGAUUGCUGAAGCCAUUUACGUGUGGGAGGUUUCCACGGGCAACUUGCUGGCCAUCCUGAACCGGCAUUACCAGGACUUGACCUGCCUCCGCUUCACCGAUGACAGCAGCCACUUUAUCUCUGGGGGCAAAGACAACCUGGCUCUGGUGUGGAGCAUCACAAAUGUGCUGCAGCCAGACCUCUCAGCCAGCCCCGAGCCCCGGCACGUCUGGGCCAGCCACUCCCUCCCCAUCACGGACAUCCACUGUGGCCUGAUGGGCCCCCAGGCCAGAGUGGCCACCGCCUCCCUGGACCAGACCGUUAAGCUCUGGGAACUCUCCUCGGGCGAGCUGCUUUUAACCAUCCUCUUCGAUGUGGGCAUCAUGUCCGUGACCCUUGACCCCUGUGAGUACUUCCUCUUCUGUGGCGGCAGUGAUGGCAGCAUCUUCCAGGUGUCACUCUGCAGCACGCACAUCAGCCGAGAUAAGACGUUCCAGUCGGAUAAUGAAGGCAGCCAGGUUUUCAAAGGACACAGAAACCUGGUCACCUCCCUCUCUGUCUCCAUGGACGGCACCCUCCUGCUCUCCGGCUCCCAUGAUGAGACCAUUCGGCUGUGGGACAUCCAGAGCAAGCAGACCAUCCGCAUCAGCAGCCUGAAAGGACCCGUCACCAACGCCUUCAUCGUGCCGGCCCCCGCCAACAUGUUCCUGCCGGACAGCCGGCCCGGUGUGGGCCUGCCGCGAUUCAGCCGACACCUCAACCCCUCCGAGCAGGCCGAGGGCUCCGAGAGCGGUGGCAUGUGCCUGCGUCUGCAGCCCGGUCCUCAGGUUUCAGAGGAGACCUACUUGGAGAAAGCAGAAAAGCUCUAUUCCCUGAUGUGUGCCGUCACGGACAAGAGUGUGUUCGGCGACGGCGAGAACACCAAGGUGCGCGUCUCAGAACUGGAGGAGGAGGUGAAGACCUUGAAGAAGAUAAACAAGGAUCUGUACGAGUUCUCCACGCAACUAUUGACCAAGCCGUCUUAGGCCGGGAUUCCUCUGAGGCCAGGGGGGGGGAAUGCUUAAUUAUUUGUGGUGUCGUGUUACUGUUACAGAAAGGAAACUGUGAUACAAUAUACAAUACAGUGUGGACAUUUUCAGGUGCACCGGUGGCGUUAGAGUAGAUCUGGGGUGGGGAACAUGUUCCAUGGUGGGCUGCUGUGGGUGCAAGUUUUUGGGAUGAUCUCUCAAUCAACCAAUAAUAAAACUGUGUUUCUCAACUCCAGUCCUGAGGACCCACUGUUAUUGGCUGAUAGACCAUCCCAAAAACCGGCACCCACGGCGGCCCUCUAUGGAUCAGGUUCCCGAUCCCUGGUGUAGAUUGACAGGGAACGUGAGUGAUUGGUUGUUUUGUAUCAUGUGACUGAGAGGUCACAGGAGAAGUUUCACAUUCUCCAAAUAUGCCCUUUUUAAAUGUGCCCCAUUCCACCCCCCCACCCCACACACACCUGUGCCAGAAUUUCAGCUCCAGAUUCAGUGGUGUUUAACAGUGACCAAGCUGGUAGCUGACACUUGUCAGACAAUUUCUGAUGGGCAUUUCACUACUUUUUUGCUGAGAUGUCCUUGCAAUGUUUUUAGUAGGCUGUUUAGUAAUAAAUUGAUGAUAUUUUCUGGUCA